AUGUCUCUUAUAUACUCAUCUUUCCUGGCCCCCAUUCAGUUCUGCUUAGAUGAUGUAGGGCGUAUCCAAAAUACUAUCUUUACCUUCAGUGACGAAAAUAGCAUGGCCCACUUACUGAAUUCGGUAACAAACAUACCAAAAAAGGAAAUUAACUUAUCCCAGAACAGUGUGCGGCAUCUAGCGACAGAAAUUACAGUUUCCUUUUCCUGUUUCAUGAGCAAUCUAAGGGGUAGAUUUGAGUAUGAGCGCAUACAAAGCAACAAGGAUUGGUUAAUCCUUAGGUCGGAUCUGUUGCAACAAUCGGGCAUAACUAACGUCUUUUUGUUUGUUACGCCAGGGGAAGUCAGGAUUUUCUUAGAUUUUUCUCUUAACCGGGGAUACUAUAACCGAACUCAACUCGAUUGCUUGUCGGCCAGUCCAGGAUUUACCAAAGAUUGCUGUGAGCUGCUGUAUUUUACGCUUCUGCACCCUAGCUUACCCUCGAUUAUAGCAUGA